UCAUUGUCAAGUCAUUGCUGUCAUUCAUAAUACGGUUUUCCAAGUUUUUCUAUUGAAAUCGAAAGCUAAAAACCAAAACAAUCGGUAUUAAGUGUAAUAUGCUGAAAACUUUGAACAGGAAAUCCUUGCUUACGCUUUAUUUAUCCGUUCUGCGUCCUUGUUUUGUCAUGGCGGAGGCUAAUUUAGCUACAUCUGCAGUAUGCGGCAGUGGCAGUGCGGACGCAGACAAAUAUUCAGUGGCUUAUGUGACGGUGCCAAACAAUGAGGUAGCAAAGACCCUGGCUCACGGGCUAGUGAAGCAGCAACUGGCAGCCUGCGUGAACAUCAUCCCUCAAAUCACCUCGGUGUACAUGUGGAAAGGAGAGAUUAAUGAGGAUAGUGAGCUGCUGCUAAUGAUCAAGACAAGAACAUCUCAAGUAGACCAGCUGACAACCUACGUGCGCUCUAACCACCCAUAUGAGGUGUGUGAAGUUAUAUCCCUACCUAUUAAGAAUGGAAACCCACCAUAUCUCAAGUGGAUUGGGGAGACAGUGCCAGAAGGUGAAGCUAAGGUCUGUCACAAGAAAUAAUUAAAUUAGUUUUUAGUAUUGUAGUCUUUAUAAUAAGUUUCCAUAUAAAACGAGUUUAAACUAUUUAAUAGUUUGUACAUUUGGUUAAUAAUGAACACCUAUUAAAUAAGUAGACGACCGGUCUGGCCUAGUGGGUAGUGACCCUGCCUAUGAAGCCGAUGGUCCCGGGUUCGAAUCCUGGUAAGGGCAUUUAUUUGUAUUAUGAUACAGAUAUUUGUUCCCGAGUCAUGGUUGUUUUCUAUGUAUUUAAGUAUUUAUAUAUAUCGUUGUCUGGGUACCCACAACACAAGCCUUCUUGAGCUUACCGUGGGACUUAGUCAAUUUGUGUAAAAAUGUCCUAUAAUAUUUAUUAUAUUUAUAAGUACAAGCAUUUAUUUGGUAGGUAUUUUGUUGCGUGAAGUUGUAGUUAGUCAUGUAAGUAAUGUUAUUAUUUUAGUUUAUUUAAAAUGUUAUGAAAUUAUUGUAAAAAUGCUUUGUCCUAAAUACAACAAUAUAUUAAUAAUA